UGUUAGGUUGAAAGGUUUAAAUGAAAGACUGCAGGAAGGGGUUAGCCCAGCGCCGGGCACCUAGGCAGAAGGGCAGCUUAAGAACAACGAAGUUGUUAUUACUGGCCUGGGGGCGCCCCUGCAGCGGCCUCCCCAGCGGCUUCCUGUGCGGGAGGGCGCCCCCCUCCCCUUCCUCCGCCGCUCUUCCUCCCGCCCCGCCCCGCCCCGUCCCUCCUCUUUCCUCCGAGGAAACUUUCCGCCCGCUGGUCCAUCGCCCGUGUCCGGCCUGCGCUGCCGCCUCGGGAGCCAAGCCGGGCGGGACCGGACGCGGCGGGGCCCGGGUGUAUGCGGCCGCCGGGACGGACGCGGGACCCGCCGGGGCCGGACAGCUGGGAAGUGGGGCACUGACGGGGGCGGGGCCGCCGCGGCUCCCCAGGAUGAGGGGCGUCGGCGCCUGGAGGAAGGACUCCCCCUCAUGGGGCCCAGGCUGGCCUGGGAACCGCACCCCGAACAGCAUGGAUGCCCCCCGAAGGGACAUGGAGCUGCUCAGCAACAGCCUGGCCGCCUACGCGCACAUCCGCGCAAACCCCGAGAGUUUUGGCCUCUACUUCGUGCUGGGCGUCUGCUUUGGGCUCCUGCUGACCCUGUGCCUCCUGGUCAUCAGCAUUUCCUGCGCACCCCGCCCGCGGCCCCGGGGCCCCGCUCCUUGCCGGGACCCCCGCAGCAGCACCCUGGAGCCUGAGGAGGAGGACGACGACGACGACGACGACGAGGAGGACACGAUGACGCGGCUGGGUCCGGAUGACACGCUGCCCAGCCCCGAGCUGUCCGCGGGGCCCGACGGGCCCCUCAGCGUCAAUGUCUUCACGUCAGCGGAGGAGCUGGAGCGCGCGCAGCGGCUGGAAGAGCGCGAGCGGAUCCUGAGGGAGAUCUGGCGCACCGGGCAGCCGGACCUGCUGGGCACCGGCACGCUGGGUCCCGGCCCCACGGGCACUCUGGGCCGCAUGCACUAUUACUGAUGCCCGGGCGGCCUGAACACUGGACAGCAACUGAGCCCAGAGCUGUCUCCGGACCUCCGCACUGCCUCUGCCUCCCACCCCCCUGGUGCUACGGGCAUGGACCUCCGCCUUCGGGGAGCCACCUUUUCCCACCCUCAGAAGGGAUUGGGGGCGGGGACGGGGUUUGCAAGGCCACCACCUCCAGAACUGGUGAAGAGAUCAAUGAAAGCUGCAUUUUCAGUGA